AACCUCUGAUAGUGAUAACAGAAUGUCUGAGAACUUCAUAACAAAGACAAAUGUUGGAGUAGCCCAUGCCAGCAUUGGAACAAGAAAUGAGUCUGACACUAAAAUAUCCCUUGGAACCUCUGAUAGUGAUAGCAGAAUGUCUGAGAACUUCAUAAGAAAGACAAAUGUUGGAGUAGCCCAUUCCAGCAUUGGAACAAGAAAUGAGUUUGACACUAAAAUAUCCCUUGGAACCUCUGAUAGUGAUAGCAGAAUGUCUGAGAACUUCAUAAGAAAGACAAAUGUUGGAGUAGCCCAUGCCAGCAUUGGAACAAGAAAUGAGUCUGACACUAAAAUAUCUCAUGAUAUUUUAACACAAAAAUCUGAUACUGAACUGGCAUUCUUUAACACUAAGUCAACAGAUGUAGAUAUAACACCAGUAUAUGAUGAUGUCUUAAACACUCAGCCUAAAGUAACACCUGCUAAUAUGAAUGAAAUAUAUGACGAUAUCUUAAACAAUCAACCUAAAGUAACACCUGCUAUUAUGAAUGAAGUAUAUGACGAUGUCUUAAACACUCAGCCUACAGUAACACCUGAUGAUAUGAAUAAAGUGUAUGAGGAUAUCUUAAGCAUUCAGCCUACAGUACCACCUGAUAAUAUGAAUAAAGUGUACGAGGAUAUCUUAAGCAUUCAGCCUACAGUACCACCUGAUAAUACGAAUGAAGUAUAUGAGGAUGUUCUAAAUAUUAAAGAUGAAAAAAUACAUGAUGAUAGUAACUGGACAAAAAUAGGAAGCGAACCACUAUAUGCUAGUAUAAGAAGUGUCCAAAAUAAAGAACCAGUAUACACAGCUCUAGAUUCACUAAAUACUGCCCCUGAGGAAACAUACAGUUAUGUUACUGAAGAUGACUAUGAGGAUAUCAAGAGAAUGAAAGCAUCAAGAGAAAUAAAAGUAGAUAAAAAUGAGGGGUUUCCAAAUAGAAAAGAAGAAUCCUUUGGUGAUAAUGAAACAGUCAAUGAUACAGAAUAUGAAUAUAUCAUUACACAUAAAACUAUAAAAAAUGAAAAAGAAUUGUCAAGAAAUGAUUUGACUUUAACACCAGGAAAUAAUGAACAGAAAGAGACCAUCCAGCAUCAAGAAGACAUAAUUGAAAAAUUAAAAUUGGAGAUAAAGAAUCUAGAAAUCCUUCUUUCAGAAGAAAAAGAGAAAAGUGCCAUUCAAACAGCAAAAUGUGAAACAUUACAAAAUAUGUAUGAAGCCACUCAGCAACAGAAAUCUGUCAGAACAUCAGAAACGCAAACAGUGGACAUGAAUGACAAGAAUCAGAAUAAUUUUGAAUUGCUUGAAGAAAUCGAGUCUCCAACAAAAGGUAGUGAUCUGAAGGAAGAGGAAGAAACUGUGGUUACUACAGAUUCUUGGAAAGAGAAUCAGUGCCAAGAUUCAGAAACCCGAGCUGAUUUCGUUACAGAUGAUAAAAUUAAUGAUCUACUAGCCAAAAAUGAAUGCUUGCACUUUCAAAUUGAACAGUUAUCUUUUCAAUUAAGUAAAGUUUAUAAUCGAUUUAUGAGGAAAGACUCUGAUGGGAGUAUUGACAGUGGGCAAGACAGUCAGCUAUCUCCAAUACAGCAACAAAAUGACUUACUAACACUGGAACUUGAACAACUCAAACAAGAUUACCUGCAUCUGCAAAAAGAACACCAAGACUUAGUCCAUGCUGGGGACAUACUGCAAGAGGAUUAUGAGAAACUCCUUGAAGAACGGGAUAAAAUGCAAGAAAUCUUUGAAAAGGUAACUAACACCAAAUGGGUUACCCAAAAUGAAAUAGCUGCCUUGGAAACAAAGAAUGUUAUUCAAGAAAUCCCUGAAACUAUUAAUCCUAAUUUUGAGAACUGGGAGCAAGGCAAGCAAAAUAUAAUAAACAAGCAUUCAGACACUGAUUUAAGAACAAGUCAACAGAAGAAACCAGAAUUACUGGAGGAUGUCACAGGAGAAGAUGGGUUAAGAAGAAGUAUUCAACUGAACAGCUGCUCAGAAGUUCUACAAGACCAAAGUAUAAUAUUGGAUCAUUUGCAGACACUGAGGGAUGAAAACAAAAAAUUAUUCCUGGAGAAAGAGAUUGUUAUUGAAGACCUUGAAAUAUCAUUCAAUGAAAACAGUAAGCUAAAACAAAAAUUAAAUACAGCAACUGAAGACUAUAGCUUGUUAGAGAAAAAUUAUACAUCAUUGUUGCUUGAAAAACAAAAUGUGGCUACUAAAGAUAUCAGUGGCCUUGAUAGCAACAAUAUUAAUGACAGCAGCAUUCAACUACACUCUAAUCAACAAGAACAACUUCAAUCAUACCCCUACCAGCCAAAUGAAAGGUCUAUUCAAACUAAAGAUGAUAACAACAUUCAACAGACACUUCCUAACAAUAGCUCAGAGAAGGAACAGAUUCAUACACAGAAAGCGAAUCAGACCGAAUUACUGAAGGUUCUUAUAUCACAACUUCAGCAACAGUUAAUAGAUUCAGAGAAACGCUAUCAAGAAACUGUGCAGACUUACCGUUUACACUUAAUCAGUGCUAUUCAGGGCCAUAUUGAUCCUGAUGUGAAGAAUGGAUUGUUUAGUAUCAUUGAAAUGAGAAGUUUAGAAGAACACUGUUGAUUUGAUUAUCAUUUAUUAGGGAACGUUGUUUUGAAGUUUCCUUUGUGGUCAACCAAACAAUCAAAUCUAUUUCUUGCUUUGCCAACUUCAUCAAUAAUCAACAUUCUUCAAGUAAAAAAUCACAUAUGCAUAUAUAUAUAUAUAUAUAUAUUAUUUUGUUUAAAAGAGUUCCAACACUGUCUGUUUUUUAUGUUUUAUUUAUAUUCCUGCAGAACUAAUGUGGGGUAUAGAAUAUGGAAUAUACAAUAUAUAAUAUAAUAUACAAUAUAUAAUAUAAUAUACAAUAUACAAUAUAAAAUAAAAUAAAAUAAAAAUGGAUGGCACCAUGAAAGAAAGUAUUGAAUGUAGAUGAAAUAUUGAGUGUUCAAUAUAAAGGAUCAAAUAUAUAAAUAUAUAUAUAUAAAUAUAUAUAAAUAUAUAAAGGCGACUCGAGUUUCAGGGCUAUUUCCCUUCGUCAUGGCCAGUAUGACAGACUUUAACAGACUGUAAUAAGUUGGCUGGUUUUCUGUCUUUUAUACCAAUUCCUUUGGACGGCAGCAGUAGGUGUUUGGCUAUUUUUAGAAUUGAUGUCAAAUCUAUUUUUAGAAAUGAUGAUAUUUUAAUUUAUUGUUUUAUAUAUGUGUGUGUUUGUGUGUGUGUAUGUGUGUGUGUGUGUGUAUGUAUGUAUGUACAUAUGAUGUACAUAUGUGUGUGUGUGUGUGUGUGUGUGUAUAUGUAUGUAUGUACAUAUGAUGUACAUAUGUGUGUGUGUGUAUGUAUGUAUAUAUAGUUUAAUGUACAUAGUAUGUAGUUAUGAACUACUAAUACUUUCAUACAUUAGAGACGUAGUCUAAACAGGUCUUUAUAAUAUGCCUAGUGUCUCCAAAUAAUCUUCAGGCUCUGAGCACAUGGCCUAUACAAGACACAAAUCAAGAUGAUUAAACAAGAGAAUUCAUGAGAAAAAAUGAGAGGAAAGUGGUUGCAAAAAAUGGAAGGGUGGAAAAAAAAACAGGAAAAGAAAGGAAAAAGAAAAAAAGGGAGAAUUAGAAUUAUGUCCCCUUUGACCAUAAAGCCAUAAUAAGACUAGUUAGUGUUGAAUCAAUAGAGAGGGGUCUAAAGUCUGCAAUACAGCUGUUCAAUCCAGAAAGAGUAGUGUCCUCCAAUUCGCCAAAAGGAAUUUGUCCAUAUGUUUACAUUUGCCAAACAUUUUUGAUCUGGAACUCAGCAGUGUGGUGGAAUUCUUAGAUGUAAAAAGGAUAUGUGAUCCUUCAGUUAUGCAUAACUUGCAUUUCUUAGAUCCAUUAACAUUCCACAACACUCCCUUCAUUCUUUCCCUGUUUCUUAACUUCCAUAAUUGCCUUUGUUCCUACAAAUUCCUAUAUUCUGUUCUUAUUUAAACUCAUUUAAUGUGUAUUCCUCUCUACUGCUCAUUGACUCCACCAAAUCACAAUUUCCUGCUCCAUAUUAACUACCUAUAGUUUAUUUUCUUUAAUAGCUCUAUAUUUUCCCACCAACCUACAACCAUUUACAUUCAAAAUAUUAACAACACCAACCUCAUCCAAUUAUUCUUAUUCCACAAACUUGGAGAACCUAAAACAACUUUAGGUAUAUCUCCCUUUUCAUCCUCCUUUUCUUCCUUCUCACCCUAACAAAUAUUCAAAAAUUUGUUGUUAAUUCUACUUAGACAAAUGUAAAAUUACCAACUUUCCUUUGCAUUAUUGUAUUACUAACAUAAAAUUUGAAAUUAGCAAAAACUUUUCUAUGACUUUGGAAACUAUUCUCCACAAUCUUGUGUUUCUUUCCAAUUGAAACCAACUGGAAAAUAAUGAUAGAAAUCAUAUUUGCGAGUAUCACUCUGUAAUCAUAAUAUAUAUAUCUUAUUUAUCAAACUUUGUUCCUCACCUGUCAUCCAUUUUGAUGUUUAUUGUAUUUACACUACAUAUGUGUGUGUGUAUGUAUGUAUGAGUGUA